AUGGCGGCGGUUCACGGACGACCGUUCACAGGCGGCGGUUCACAGACGGCAGUUCACAGACGGCGGUUGACAGACGGCGAUGAUGUUGAGAUCAAUCACAAAUUUUCGAAAGUUCUCGGACGAGAUUCACUUUUCCAACUGCGGAUUUCUCUACGUUGCGGCAUCACCAUUGGUUAUUUUCUUCGUUACAAGAAAUCGACGUUGGAAGACGUGGAAAUACCAAAAAAAAAUAUUGUCAAAAAGCAACCAGUUAUUUCCAUCUCCGAUUUACUAGCUCUUCGACUAAUAAGUGAUCAAAUCAACAUCCACACAAGCAACUUACAAAAUAUAAACAAAUAUACCACGGUAUACCGUAACAAAUGA